AUGGCAGACUCUUGGGAUUCCGAGGAAUUUACUGUCAAUGAUUUCAGUGUGAAAAAGACAGAUAAAUGGGAAGGGGAAGACGAAGAUGACAUCAAGGAUAGUUGGGAAGAUGACGAAAGCAAGAAAGAAGUUCCUCCAGAAAUGAAGGCCUACCAAAGGCCUAAGAAAAAAUCACUGGAACAAAGACUAGCAGAGAAAGAGGCUGCUCUAGCAGCAAAGAAAGAGGAAGUCAGAUUAGAAAUAGAAGAAAAACAUAAGUCCAGUACACCAGAAGGAAAAAUGGCUGAAAAACAAAGAAUUAAAAAGAUGCAAGAAGAAUCAGAUUUAAAAUUAGCAAAAGAAGCAUUUGGUAUAUCUAGUGAAUUAGAAGCAAUUUCAAUAGAAACAGAAGAAGAUUUUAAAAAAUUAACCACUGCUUUAAAAGAUAAAAUAAAAACAUUUGAAAAACAUAGUUAUUACCCUAAAUUUUUAGAAAACCUCAUACAAGACUUAGCCAUAGAUUUACCUACUGAAGAUAUUAAAAGAAUUUCUACCACGAUAUCAAAUUUACAUCAUGAAAAAGAACGACAAAGAAAAGAAUUAGAAAAGAAGAAAAAGAAGAAGAAUAAAGCUGUAAUAAAGAUAGAUCGAGCUGAUGAUUUAGAUCUGAUUGGUGAUGCUACAGGAAAUUAUACCUAUGAAGAUGAUGAUUUUAUUUAACUUUAUUAAUAUUAGGUUUAUAUAUAACAUAGUGAUCUUGGGUCUACUGUCAGAAAGUUUGUAACUUACUGCAAUGCAUUUCUAGCUUAUUUCUUUAAAUAUAUGAUUGGUCAAUGAUAUCACUGUGAUAACAAAUCAACCAAUCAGUAAAUGUAUUAUUACUAUUAUGCCAUUUCUUGUGUUAAAUUGAGUAGCGUUCAUUUCAUACUGCUGACAUGUGCUUUGGGUUUACAAUCCUCGUCAAGGCAAUAUAUUUGGUAUUGAGAUAGUUCAACUUGAAGCACAUAUGAUCUAAGUCAGCAUACUUUAAUGUUAAAUUAAUUCUUAGAAAUUUGAUUGGCCAAUAAUUGCUCAAAAAAUUGUCUUAUUUCUUUUGGAUUCAAAUUUUUCUGUGGUGAAUUAUCUACUUGCUGUGCUCGUUAUUUUUGUUAUAAAAAUAUGAACUUGAAAAAAAAAUAUAUUUGGAAUUCACUUGAGUGAAAAUGUCAUUUGCGUUAAGCAGUAGGAUUAGAAUUUCAGCAUGAGAUUUCAGUAAUACCUAAUCUAGAUCAUUAUGUUAUAUAUAUAGUACUCUUAACAUCAGUGGUAUACGCAAGUCUUUCU